AUGUCGUGGAAGUCGUCAGAGAGGCUGAUGGACACCAUCCGGCACUACGCCAAGUUCCCCGCUACGGGUGUGAGCUUGCGACAGAUGGUGCAGUUUGGCGACAAGCCGUCAACAGGCACUCUCUUUCGCGCCUCUCAAUUCUUGGCCGAAGAGCUGCCUAUUCGCCUGGCGCAUCGUGUCCAAGAACUGGACGAUUUGCCCGAUGGACUGAACGACAUGCCUUCCGUCACGAGAGUUAAAGAUUGGUACGCGCAAUCUUUCGAGGAAAUCACCCAGCUUCCGCGGCCGAAUUUGAACAAAGAUGUUCGCGAUCGCUUGAUGAAACCCUCCAAAGGUAAUGGUCGAAUUAUCCAACGACUGUCGGAAGCGACCCCGAAUCCCUCCAUCGAUGAAGGCGACGCCUCCGGCUGGGGUGGGUUGCAAACAUCUAGCAACGGCAACGGCAAGUCAAGGUCUUUGUCGAGAAGAUACUUUGCCACCGUCGACGAUACCGGUGACUGGCCCCCGGAGCUUCAGCUGUACAAUCAAAGGUUUGCCCAGACUCUCCACACGAUCAAGCGAAGACACGACGGCGUCGUGACAACCAUGGCGCAAGGCAUUUUGGAAUACAAGCGCCGCCGCCAGCGCAUGCAGAUUGACGGCACUAUCCAGUCUUUUCUCGAUCGAUUCUACAUGUCCCGCAUUGGCAUUCGGAUGCUUAUCGGGCAGCACAUUGCCCUCACAGACCAGAGCCACCAUCGCGACCCGACCUAUGUUGGGGUCAUUUGCACAAAAACAAACGUCAAGGACCUUGCCCAAGAGGCCAUCGAAAACGCCCGGUUUGUUUGCGAGGAUCACUACGGCCUGUUUGAAGCCCCUCGGAUCCAGUUGGUCUGCAAUCCCAACCUGGACUUCAUGUACGUGCCUGGCCACUUGUCGCACAUGCUCUUUGAGACCCUGAAGAAUUCUCUUCGCGCCGUUGUCGAAACACACGGCAUGGAUAAACAGGAGUUUCCCGUGACCAAGGUCAUCGUGGCCGAGGGGAAGGAAGACAUUACAAUCAAGAUCUCGGACGAGGGAGGUGGCAUCCCGCGCAGUGCCAUCCCUUUGGUGUGGACAUAUAUGUACACGACGGUUGAUCGCACACCCAACCUGGACCCGGACUUUGACAAGAGCGACUUCAAGGCGCCCAUGGCCGGUUUCGGGUACGGCCUGCCUAUUUCACGGCUGUACGCAAGGUACUUUGGCGGCGACUUGAAGUUGAUCAGCAUGGAAGGCUAUGGCACCGAUGUCUAUCUCCAUCUGAAUCGGUUAUCUUCGUCCUCGGAACCUCUCCAAUAG